AUGAAGAGGACUUAUGCUGAGAGGCAUGUUCUUGUGACACUUCCCAUUGCGCCUGUUUCGAGUCUCGGCGAGGACGGUAUUGCGAACCUUGCUCCGCCUGGGUGGACUUUCCCCCCUUUUGUUCCUGUCAUCUUUGUGAUUCAAUUCUUCACUAUCUCGUUGAACAACGAUAGCUACUACAACCAAGUCGAACCCAAUUCACAGAGCACCUCGAAGACUUUGCCCUUCGCCCUCAUCAUCAACGACUCUCAUUCUCGUCUCACUGUGCUAUCCCUUUACUUCCUCCAUAGAAAGGUCAUGGACGAACGAGAGGAGAAGGGUCUUAAUCUUCUCGCACUCGAUGGUGGAGGUAUACGCGGAUUGUCGACACUCUUCAUCCUCAAGAGCAUCAUGAUCUCGAUUCAAGACGAAAAAAAACUCCCUACAGAACCUCUCCCUUGCGAAGUCUUCGACCUCAUUGGUGGUACGAGUACUGGAGGCCUCAUCGCUCUGAUGCUGGGCCGUCUUCGUAUGUCCGUGGACGACGCUAUCCAGGCGUAUGCGAAGCUGUCCAAGAAGGUAUUCUCGCAAACCAAAAAUGGGCUUGCACCGGAUGGCAGGUACAAGGCAUCGAACUUGGAGGAUGCCGUGAAGACCAUUGUCAAAGAGUACGGCGACGAUAGUAUGGCAGGAAUUGUGGACUCACGCUCCGGAGACGGUGUCUGCCGAACCGUCGUUGCUACAGAUUCAGCCCCUCGCCAACUUCCCAUCCCAUGCACCAUAAUCGAGGCCGCACGCGCUACGACCGCAGCUCCUACCUUCUUUAAACGCGCCGUCAUUACGGUCGAUGAGAUCAAACAGACAUAUAUGGAUGGCGGUUUAGUGCAGAACAAUCCGUGCGACGUUGUUCUUCAAGAGGCAAACCUCAUCUUCCCCGAUCGCCAAAUAGCCGGUAUUCUCAGUAUUGGGACAGGCCAGCUCCCGAUCAAUAAAAUCGUCGAGCCGAAUUUCAUCAAACGCCUCAUCCCUAUCGACUUCGCACAGGCUCUGGCCGAGAACACUAAGUCAUACUUCUACCCUCCUACACAUGCACUCCUCUUCUUCUCGACGAUCCACCCCCUUCGUACCCCCUUCCAAUAUACUCAUGUUACUUUACCACCUGCACUUCACAUAUACCAUUCCUUCUGA